CCCAGCAGAGCCGCCGCCACAGCCACAGCCGGGCAGAUUCUGUUUACUUCUGUCAAAUAGCUGCAAUCCAAAGAUGGCUGCAAAUAAGCCCAAAGGUCAGAAUUCUUUGGCUUUACACAAAGUAAUCAUGGUGGGAAGUGGUGGCGUAGGAAAAUCUGCUUUAACACUGCAGUUCAUGUAUGAUGAGUUUGUGGAAGACUAUGAACCUACCAAAGCAGACAGCUACAGAAAAAAGGUAGUUCUGGAUGGGGAAGAGGUCCAAAUAGACAUAUUGGAUACAGCAGGCCAGGAGGACUAUGCUGCAAUUAGAGACAACUAUUUCCGAAGUGGAGAGGGAUUUCUGUGUGUCUUCUCUAUCACAGAGCUGGAAUCUUUUGCAGCUACAGCAGACUUCAGGGAGCAGAUUUUAAGAGUAAAAGAAGAUGAGAACGUUCCCUUUCUGCUAGUUGGUAACAAAUCAGAUUUGGAAGAUAAAAGGCAAGUUUCUGUAGAGGAAGCAAAGAACAGAGCUGAUCAGUGGAACGUUAACUAUGUGGAAACUUCUGCUAAAACGCGAGCUAAUGUUGACAAGGUAUUUUUUGAUUUAAUGAGAGAAAUUAGAGCCAGAAAGAUGGAAGACAGCAAAGAGAAGAAUGGGAAGAAGAAAAGGAAAAGCCUAGCUAAGAGGAUCAGAGAAAGAUGUUGCAUUUUAUAAUCAAAGGCCCAACUCCUUUCCUUCCUUGACCAUGCUAAUAACCAUAACUUAUAAGCAUGCCAUCAAAGGCUUAAAUGACUGAAAUUUAACAUUUUGGAAAUCGUAAUGUAUCACUAAAAGCAUGAAUUGGAACUGCACCGAGUUAAAUUCACUGAAAAAAAUUUAAUGUGGCUUCAAGAGAAGCAAAGUUCAACCCAUUUCAUAAUUGCCUACCAUCACUGUUCUUCUGAAUGUAGUAUUUCAUAGGCAGUCUUUCUUUAACAGUAAACAGAAGGAAGUAUUACUUUCUGUGGUUUCUUGUAAAGCAUAAAUUUUGUAUCACU